GGUACUUUGUGCGAUAGACAACGUAUGGUCAGAGAAGGAGAGUGAGCAAAGUCAUUGCUCCAAGACUUUGUUAUUUGCCAGUCUGAAAUCAAGCUCCUGUCUUGUUCAGAAUGAACGGCGCAUAGGCUGGCCUCUCCGGGGCAUCUAUUUAAACUGGCCCUGAUCAAUCUCAUCUUCAUCACAGCAAGCUCAAACACAUUGAGCAACUGUUCUUGAAGCUACUCUUCAGUCGAGAUUGCAUAUCGAUCGAGCUAGAGAGAUCAGAGAUUCACAGCUAAGCCAAUGGCAUCACAGGUUGAGAGCCACCGUGCCGGUGCGGAGAUCGUCACCGGAGACGGCGUCUGCCGGAAGAAGUCCAUCGAGCUGCUGGAGGAGCUCGGCCUCCCCAAGGGCCUCCUGCCAUUGGAGGACAUCGAGGAGUUCGGCUACAACAGGGACACUGGCUUCCUGUGGCUGGUGCAGAAGAAGAAGAAGAUCGAGCACACCUUCAAGAAGAUCAAGCAGACCGUGUCCUACGCCGGCGAGGUCACGGCGUUCGCCGAGAAGGGGAAGCUGAAGAAGAUCACCGGAGUGAAGACCAAGGAGCUGCUGCUCUGGCUCAGCGUCGUCGAGGUCUACGUCACCGAGGCCUCGCCGGAGAAGGUCACCUUCAAGACGGGAACUGGGCUCUCUGACACCUUUGAUGCUGCUGCUUUCGCGCUUGGAGAGUAAUGCUUAAGGAGUCGAUCAUCUCAGAAAUGAUGCAAAUCGAUAAUCUUACUACGUAAAAGGCUUAAAGCCGCUAUCUUACAUCACCACUGUUAUAUCUUUUGUAUUGCAAACACUUAUAAGUAUAUUCAUGUAUUUUUUCCGGUAUA